UCAUUGCAUAGGUAUUUGGGAUUCGGGUACGUUCCAUUGUUUAGUCUUUCCUUAUCAAUGGCGUCUACCAUAUGCCUUGCAGCAGCUCCGUCUUCUUCUCUGCUACAGAACGACCGAAUCAGAGGAGUGGUCGCAUCAACAAAAUCCUUCUCUCUAUUUUCGUCUGCUCGCUUCCUAUGUCGAAGCCAAUCUUGCUUAACCCUCUCUCAAUCUAGUGGAAAGUUUACUUCAUUGUUAGUUUGUCCAUUUCUCAAGCGGAAACGAAUUGGGAAUUUCGCAGUGUUGGCAGUUGUGGAUGAGGAAGACAUGACUGAGGAGGAUAUUGAGUACGAGGAGUAUGUGAAGGAGAUUAACGGAAAUGUUUACAGUAAGAAGGAACUUGCACCUUGUGAAUUAUACGUGUGCAAUCUGCCAAGGAGCUGCGACAUUGCAGAAUUGCUUAAAAUGUUCCAGCCAUUUGGGACGGUGGUAUCUCUUCAGGUUUCUCGGAACCCAGAGACAGGCAUAAGUAGAGGAUGUGGUUCUGUGACAAUGAGUUCAAUAAGCUCUGCGAGAAAUGCAAUUUCUGCCCUUGAUGGAUCUGAUGUUGGUGGACGCGAGAUGCGUGUUAGAUUUUCCGUUGACAUGAAUACUCGGGGAAGGGACCCUCAGUUCUUGAAUUCAGCACCAAAGAAAAAUCUAAUCUAUGAAAGCCCUCACAAAUUAUAUGUGGGAAAUCUUGGCUGGUAUAUAAAACCUGAAGAUUUGAAGGAUCAUUUUAGUCAGUUUGGGACUGUGGUUAGUGUGAAGGUGUUACACGAUAAUAAGGAGGCGAAAAGACGAGCUUAUGGGUUUCUUUCCUUUUCUUCAGCCUCAGAACGUGAUGCUGCAAUGGAAUUAGAUGGAACAGAAUUUCGCAGCAGGACACUACUUGUUAGAGAAAUUAUUGAAAAACAAGGAACUCUUACAUGAAUUUCAGUACUUUCAUGAUUUCUGAAUUCUGAUAUUGCGACUGCUUGGAACUUGAACAUAAAAACAGACGCUGUGUCGUUUCUGUGCGUGUGUGUGUAAGUGGCUGUUGCAGCCACAGCCUUUGUGAUGGGUCUACCCCUGCUUAGGCAAUGAGAGUGGCAAUGGCAGCGGUACGGGGGGACUGCCCUGACUAGAGGUCCUGAAGAAGAGAGAUUGAAGAACUGCUAUGUUUCUGGGUGUUGAGAGUUCAGGAACUGGAGUCAGCAAUGGGUGGGAAAGCUCAAUGUCUUGAGGAAAAGGGGAAUUAUAAAGAUGAAUGAUACUGAAUAUUUCUAAAUGAACAAGCAUGAAUAUACCUGCUAUCAUGUUCAUCUGGAUGCCCGUUCCAAAUUCAGUACUUUGGACACCAUGUAACGUAAAUUGUGUUUGAAACAUCCCACUUGAACAUGUUUUUGUGUAAUUUUGGGAGGCUAACAUUCUAUAUAAACUCAUUUGAAAAAGUGAGCAAAUGAGUAGAAUUCUAGAA